AUGAAUGUGCCAAUUUCUCGUUUUGCCCUCUUGGCUGGUAUCCUGCUAGGCCAUGCAUCAGCCAGCAUACCUGCCCUCAGCUCUAUGCCAGCUAGCAGUCAAGCCCAUGUCAUGACUGCAAGCUGUGAGACACGACUUGGAACCAGCUCGGUGAAGUCAGUACCUACCAUCACUCGCACUCACACUAUCCAUGACCGUCAUCCAGUUGUGGUCUUCACAACCACCCUGGACACCGUCACCGUCACUCCUGCGGAGUCUACAUCGAUGGUGACAGACUAUGAGACCCUUACAGUGAUAUCGACUGCUUCCACUGUCACUGAAACAUUCUCAACCACUUCCACCGAGUACCACACCAGUACUUUGACCCUGCAACCCUUGCCUGUGAUCACAACUGUCUCUGCUGUUGUGUCCACCACCUUUACCAGCACCUCUACUAUUCCCGCCUCUGCUGGCUUCACACCAAUUGCAGACACUCUUCCUCCCUCUGCUACACUUAUCAAGCGCUCUCUGCUGGAGGAGGAAGAGGAGUGUGCUCCCUGGGUUGAUGACUACCAAUUCCCCCAAGAGGUGGUGUGCCACGAGAAGAAUGUCAUCAAGACGACCACUGCCUCUACAGUCACUGGGUUCCCGGUGACUGAUACUGCUGCUACUCCCACUACAACAGUCACUGUGACAAAUACUGUGACUAGCAGCUCGGUUGUUCUUCCCUCAGAUGUCUCUACCACUCUGAGUUACAGCACAGCCUCAACCAUCACUGAGACAUUGAGCCUUUCCCCUAGUACCAGCACCGUAACAAGCACCAGUACUGCCAUCGGUGCCAUGGCUACUGCUGUAUUUUAUGAUGCUUGCGCCUCCAACAACAUUGCCGGUUCCCCUCUGUCUGCGGACUUUGGCAGCCUUCAGGGCAAAUACAUCUACAGCUUGAUGUUUUCACACGUUCCAGGUCAGCUGUUCAAAGUUGGUAACUCUGCUUCCGCAUAUGACUGCUGUGUAAGCUGUCAGGAGAGUGCUACAUGUGCCAUGUCCUACUUUUACCCGGGCUUCUGCUAUGUUGUAACCACCACCCAGUGCUCAUCUUCUACCUACGGUACUAUCUCUUUCUCGAGUGAAGGGGCCGCGCAAGUAUCGAACGGAAACUGUGGGAUAGUUAUUUCUUGA